CACAUUCCUUACACUCCGGCUGCAUCCUUCGUAAGCAGCUUGUGGGACAAACAAGCUAGAUCAACGCCUCUGUAGUCGUACCUCGAUACAAUCGCUGUUUAGUUUCUUAUUGUCCGUUUUACUCUGCUGAAAGAGCCGGGUAAACUGGCCUAAAGCCCUACCGCCACGGGCUGUCAGCCACCGAGUUAAAUCCCGCAAAGAAAAGCAACAAUAAAGCGCCACCUCCAACACAAGCUGGGUACCAAACUAGCGAUGCGGUCACAGAACCGCACAGCUAUCACACUACCCAUUCCCAGCGAUGUGCCGCCGAGAGUCGUCCUAGACUAUAUCCAGACCUUUGAGCCAACCUUGCGUCAUAAUCCGGGCAUGGUUGCAUACAGUGAAAUUCCUUUUGACCCUGGUCAGAUCGGUCCCGACCCUUUCUUUGAGUUUGGGUGCGAAGAAAACCCCAUCCGCUGCUUCCAGAUCCAGGAGGUUUUUUGGCUUGGCCCAGGCCUUACCAAGGAAAUGAAGUCGCCCUUUUUCUUCCAACGCAGCCCAUCUGGCAUGCGGUGUCGCUGCAAUGCUUACGCUGGCGUUAUCAGUUGGACUGAGUGGCAGGUGCUGCCACUCCACGACGUGUCUCCUACAGGCUCCGGGAGCACGUCCAGCAAACCUCAUCCACUGAAGAGCAAUGUGGAACAAUGGGGACUGUAUGGGGUGGUAAUAAUUGAAGCUAACAGGCUAAUGUUGCCUUUUUGUGUUCUAAACACUGAGAGGUACUUGAAUACGAUUGGUCAAGCCCUGAUCAAGGAAGUAUGUGGGAUUUACCUAACUGGGACGAUUUAGGAUAUUAUGAUGAUUACAAGUAGCAAGCAAAUCGCAAAGAAAUAGAUCUAUUACAUAUAAUUCAC